CAAAGACAUCUAUAUGUCUGUAUGCUUCCCCACGACUCCUAAACACGACUGCGACUUCGAACUGGAUCUGUGACUAGCCACCAAGGGCCAAAACUCGACAUAUCGCGUGACCUUGCUGACAAGGCGCCAUCACAAGUCCGGAGCCUCGCCCCUCGCAAGGCAAGAUCAGCUAUCGUAAUAUGGAGGUUCUGAAGCGACUUGGGAAUCACAAGAGGAAGUAUGACCGAAAAGCCGAUACGGGCGAGGUUCUCAGCUUGAGAACUCCGGGCACAGCUGAUAAGAGGACACGCUUGAACCGUUUGCAACUGUUCGAGAGUGGCUUCCUUAGUAUUUUGUUGAGCUGUGCGGGGCUCGAAUCGACAGAUAUUGACGAAAGCGAAGACGGCAAGCUUGCUACGCUCCUGACUCUUCUCGACAAGGUCGUGAAUCCAGCUCUGAUACACGAUGUACCCCUCCCAGCUAAUGUAUCAGACCGAGAAGAGGACUACCCACGGCUGCAAAUGCUAUUGGCCUUUCUGGACAGCUUUGAGGGGUCCCUGUAUAUUGCAACUGGCCACGACCCCUUAUUGUUCCUCCUUGAUCAGGAUGAUCUGGGAGCGCAAGCUCUUUCAUCUGUGCAGGAACUCAACCGCCUCUUAGAUGGUCUUCGAUUCUCAUCGGGCCUGGAUCGCCGGAGACCAAGCCAAGUCAGAGGUUCUCAGGAGCCCAAAAUUGACAAUCCAACACCUUUCUUCUAUGACAAUCAUUACGAGUUCAUCGAAAGACUACUGCACUCGGUCAACAGUGCAUUCAAAGCCUGCAGGAUUCCAUCUUGCAAUGCCUUAGCCUGCGACAAAUUCAUCAGUGAGGCUACAGGCUGCAAGAAUCCAUCCUGCAAAUCGUCGCAUAAGCUGAUGCUUCGGCUCCAAGAUGCCAUUGGAAAAGACAUUUCUCAGUCAGUGGGUGUCGAUGUCUUUCUCUAUUGCCCCGUAGCCAGUCAGUCUCCAGCAACUGAGCUCUGGCAGAGUGUUCAAUGUCGUCUAGAGAGCGGAUCUCAGAAUGGCUUCGACUGCAGUCAAUUAUGCAAGUAUGUACGAUCGUCGUUGAGAGAUCAAGAGGGGUUGAUGCUCUUCUACAACACAGCGACAUCAACCUUUCUUCCAAGUCAAGAUGCCCCCAAACUUCCUGAAACAGAUCCGAACAGAUUUCCGAUCAAGUCUCUUAGAGAUCUGAUAGAAGUAGAUAAGGUGUUCGAUGGUUACUCGUGGUCAGCGCAGCAAAGAGAGCCGUUUAAGAUCGAAGAACGGCGGGCUUUGGCUGCCAAACUGGCCCUGCAUCUGGCCCUAUGCUGCUAUUCUCAGCAUACAUCUCAACCGUGGAACCGUGAUUGUGUUCAAUUUCUUGGAACGUCUUCCAAACCGUAUGACCGAGCGACACCGUACAUACAGUACAACAUCGGCGAGCCUUCAGUAGAAAUGUUCAGCGAGGCCAAGGAUCUGUCCCGCUUGGACGCAUUUACGGAACUUGCAGAAUUGCUUCUGGAGAUCGAAUAUGGACGACCGACUGGGAUCGAACAGAGUACGACCGAUGUUGACAAAUAUCUAAUGGUCAAGAACCAUCUCGAGUUUCGCAUCAAAGCUGAGGAUGGGACGAGACAAGGGUAUCUCCAAGCAGUAGAGGCAUGUCUUCGAUUUCACAAGAUACUUGAUGCCGAACGGAUACAGCUUUCGCGCUUUGGCGAAUCAGAAGGAAGAACGUGCAUGGAGCUCAUAUGGAACAGAAUAGUGUCCAAGAUCGUCUUCGAAAAGACAGCGUACCAGCCAGCGCCCGCAAGAGGGACACCGUUGGUACCUACUAUGGAGAACAGCGCCUAUGAAAUAUUACCGGCCUUCGAUACUCGACUCGAAAACGACGGGGUAGAGAUUCAUUGGCAUGGUAUCGCACCCCCAAAAUACGGACCGACAAACCCAGAGACUGCCAUUCAAAGGACAAUCGGACGUCCAGACAACGACUCUCUGCAGUCAAGUCACAUCAUUCGACAGGGCUCUGCAAAUGAUCGCAGUCGUAAUUCUCGUCUGAACAACGACUUUGUUACAGGUUGGGUCACAGGGCAGCCCUCGUCAAAGGUGUGUGACACAACUCAAAAACUUGGGGAACUUGACCAUUUCGACUCCGCUGUAAAAACACCAUCCUUAAAUUUAGGAGAGCGACCACGGUUGAAGUAUCGUCCGAAAGUACCUCCGCGCCCACCUGUGAGAUUCUUUAGUGUGAACCUGCAGGGAUCACUGGACGAGGAAAGACGGCGAGAGACCGCGAAAUGGAUCAAAGACUUCAAAGCCCUGAGACGAAAAUACAAGACCAAUCGCAAUAGCCACUCGAAACUUAAGAUAGCUAUCUUAGACUCAGGUCUCGAUAUGACUCAUGAGAAGGUCCUCGAUGAACUUGAAAUCGAACACGAUAGAAUCAAAUACGAGUCAUUCGUUGAAGGUGGUAUUAUGAGGGAUGAAUGUGGUCACGGUACUCAUGUUGCCGGUAUCAUCCUGAACUUGACAACCCAGACCAAGAUCUACGUCGCCAAAGUCAUGAGCUCUGCUAAAGCCCGCGAGGCAGAAGAAGCCUCGGUCCGAAGCAGUAUUGUACAGGCACUUCAAUGUGCACGCAGGGAGUGGGAAGUAGACAUGAUCUCGAUGUCCUUCGGCUACAGUAAGCCUGGUACGCCCGAUGAGGUUGGCAAGGAGAUCAUAAAAUGCCUCCGCCAGGGUAUAGCUGUGUUUGCUUCAGCAUCAAACGAGGGAGGCAAUAAACCUCGGACAUAUCCCGGCAACUAUCCUGGCGUCUUCUGCAUUCACUCGUCAACCCCAACCGGUAAUGCAUCAACCUUCAGUCCUAGCAGGGAUUGUGGAAAAGAGAACUACACAGCUGUUGGAGAAUGUAUAAAAUCCUGGUGGCCUGCAGACAUUCCGAAGAAAGAAUCUGGAACGGACGAUGGUUGGAAGCAUCUUUCUGGAACCUCGUUCGCAACGCCUAUUGCGGUGUCUAUCGCAGCGUUCAUGAUUGGUUACAUCCGCACGCAUCUCUCGGAAUACAGAUGGAACAUUCCUCCAACGAGCCCUGACGGUAUUCGAAGGAUCUUUCAGCUGAUGAUGCAUAACCGGGGAGAUGGGUAUGACUGGUUGAGCCCGCAGUACUUUUUCGAUCGCUUUCAGGAGGACAGGAUCAAAGCAGACUUGAUUAGCGAUCGCGAUGGUCUGGGAGGAUACAAACUGUAGUCUAUUAGGCCAUCAGCAGAUCCCAACCUGGUUCCAGCGCCAACUAAUAGUGGUUCAGCCGUUCCAUGCAAUCAGAGUGCUUGCACGCCACUCAGCCUUAUGUCAAGUUUGCCGAUGUACAGCC